GAGAGAGAAACAGACAGAGUGAAGAAGAGGAGUGGAGCUGGAUUUGCCAGCAAUCUGACAGAAGACGCAUGGCGACGGGGGCGGCGGCGGCGCUCCCGCCAUUUCCCCCCAACCUAGGAAGGACCAAUCCCUAAUCGCCAUUUUCUUGAAGGGUUUAAUACCUUCCCUGCUGAAACAAUGUUCUGCAACGACGACGUUUAGCUGGUUGAAGAGGAAUUCCAUGUCAUGCCCUGUCUCCCUACUUCCGCUCAAACUCAGAUGAAUUCUUUGAUCUCCAAAACCCUAAUUCCCUCCGUCUCUCUUCGCUCCAAAACUCACUUCACUUCGAUCCCUAACUCACUUCCUAACUUCAACAGGGCCACCGCAACUAGAUUCAUGAGUUCUGAGUCGGCUCAGCGGGUCUUCCAACUCAGACUCGACCCACUCACCGGGAACUCGGAGUGGGUCGUCAUCGACGACAACGAGGAAGGUCCGGAAAGUUUCAAGGAGCCUCUUCUAGCUAGGACGUCGUAUCUCGACAUGCUCAAUGACUCUCCCCGGAACAGAGCCUACCGGUUGGCCAUCGAGAAGACUGUAACAAAACCUUGCCACGUUCUUGAUAUUGGUGCGGGAACUGGGUUUCUGUCAAUGAUGGCGGCAAGAGCAAUGGGGUUGAGUGACUCAACAGCUUCUCUUGGUAGUAGCAAGGGGAUGGUAACUGCAUGCGAGUCUUACCUUCCAAUGGUGAAGCUCAUGCGGAAAGUUCUGCACAGAAAUGGAUUUAUCCAGCUGUCAGACCCCUUCAAAAUAUUUGAAUUUGACUUUUGGAAACGGCCAAACAGUCAUGGAAAAGCUGAGCUCCAAAUAAAGGCAACAGAGGAUGGUUGUGUUCAUGCUGUAGUUUCAUGGUGGAUACUUCAGCUUGAUCGUGAAGGAACAGUCUUUUAUUCAACUGCUCCUCAAUGGAUAAAUUCACCAAUCAACACAGGUGACCAGGAUUGGUGUGACCACUGGAAACAAUGUGUCUGGUUCCUUCCUGGGAAGGGUGUAUUCAUAUCCAAGAGACAAGAAGUGUUAUUGGAGGCUAUUCAUACUGAUACUAGUAUUUCAUAUAACCUGAAAACCUUAGUCCCACGGUCUGACAUAAUACAGCAUGAUAAUAAAUUUGAGGAUUUUCAGCUCAUACUACCACCUGAAAGAGUUGCAAUUUAUGGAGACAGUAAUUGGAGACUGUCUAUGUUAACGGCUCUUAAAAAUGCUGUAAGAUCUCUCUCGACUCCAACCAUGCUUGUUAAGACUUAAGAGUCUUCCUCAUGCAUGUUGAAAUUGUCCUUUUGUGCUCCCCUUAAAAAAAUUUCAUAGUUAGUGCUGUUCUCAAAAUUUGAGUACCACUAAUUUUCUAUGCUAUUUCCCUCCUUUUGUUCUAGCACCCCUCUUUAUGUAAAUAAUUUUCUUUAUAGUUGCAGGGAAGAGCUAGCCCAUUAUGUGUUGUUGCAGAUGAUAGCAUUUUUCUAACACUUCUUGCUGCAAAUCUUUCAAAAACAUCACAUGUGAUAUCCUUGUUUCCUGGUCUGAGGGACAGGGGUGCACAAUAUAUUGAAACUGUUGCUAGUGCAAAUGGUUUCUCAAUGUAUCAUGUAAAAGUUAUUGGAAACAUGAAAACAUGCUUGACGAUGCAUGAUACUUGGCAUAAGAAGGUAAACAUUU